ACUCCUUUGCCUGCUUUUUCCUUUUUUUAAAAAUUCCUUUUAAACCAAGAAAGGGCCAAUGGCACCAUCACGACACCAUUCACCAACGCUCCAUUUUGAAAAUGCGUUUUGGUCACAAAAAGCAACCGGAGGACCCCUUCCCGACUUUCAGACCGGUCUUCAAGUGCUCCACAACAAGCUAAACCAAAGCAAAGUAGAAAACGAUGAAAUUAUACAAUUUUUUAAAGAACGGAUUGCCAUUGAGGACAAUUAUGCGAACCGGUUGGGUGAUCAGGCCAAAGGUUCCUUGAAAUCCUCUGGGUUUGGACGCGAUGACGGUGCGGUUUUGAAGGGGUGUUUUGAAAAUAUGCGUGCUGCGAGCGGUCAGUUCAGUAUGCAGCACAAGCAGACGGUCUCGGCAUUGACGGAUACGGUGCUCAAACCGUUGAACAAGUUUCAAGACGAGUAUAAGCGGUCGAUCACGACGAGUAAACAGUCGGUGGAUGCGGCGAUGAAACAGUUUGAUGGAUUGGUCAAGGAGAUGGACAGGGCCAAGACGACGUACCAAAAGAGAUGGAAGGAAGCUGUGGUGGCUGGAGAACAAUGGGAGCAGCAACAGCAGCAAAAGAAGGAUGAGGAGGAGAAAAAGAAGGAGCUGGAAGCGGAAAACUCACCAUCACCCAAUGUGCAGCCAGGAGAAAAAGAAGAAGCUGACCAGAUAGUAAAGGAUCAUCAUACGGGUGACGGACAGAGCCCCAAAGAGCAACAACAGUCGGAAGAGCAAGACGACAACAACGACGAAGACGACGACGACGACGACAGAAUCAGCGUCGAGAUGAUCCUUAUUGGCAACCAACGCAUGUCGCGCACCGAAUUGAACGCUCUCGUGGAGAGAAUGCGUAGCGAGAUCAGAGUGGGCGACUAUCGAGUGCCCAUACUGGGAAAAUAUCAAAACACGUCGACGGGUGAAGAUAUCUCCGUAUGGCUUCAACACACCAUGCCUCAAUGCAAGGAUUCGCCUGCCAUGGCAGACGUGGUUGCCCAGCAGCUGAUCCAUCCGCUCGGUGUUUUGCGACUCGUUGGUCAACGUGGCAAUAAAUUUGCACCAUCACCCCAAUCCUACUAUCAAUGGCAACAGUUGCCCCAGCAACAACAGCAUCAUCAUCAUCAGCAGCAACAACAGCAACAAAACAACAACGAUGAGGGUAGUGCGAGUACGUCAAAUUACGGCUUUGGCUUUUUCGAACGCAUUGGAGGACAGCCUGUGCCGGGAGAAGAGGUGUACAAGCGGGCACAGAGAGAAGCAACGUUAGCGGAUGAAACGUAUCGUGCCGCUGUCAAAAGGAUCGAUCAAAUGCGGAUGGUUGUGGAACAAGCAUUGUUUGCUCAUUUUGCCGAGAUGGAACAGGUGGAAUUGAAACGGUUGGCAGUGCUGAAACAAGCGAUUGCCUCCUUUUCACUGUGUCUCUCGGAAAUGUUGCCUGGUGACAAGGCUAUCGUGGAAGAGAUGCUUGUGUAUCAAGAAUCCUUAAAGCCAGAGCAAGACAUUCAAUACAUUGUCCAACAGUACUGCGUGUCUGGAUUCUCGCCUAAGCCCAUUUUGUACGAUAACCAGAAUCACGGAGUAGCACACGACCAGAUAUUUGGUGUUUCCCUUGAUGAUCUCGGUAAAAUGACCGAUGAUAAGGUGCCCAAGUUUGCUCGCUGUCUUUUGGAAGCCAUUGAGCUCAAAGCAUCUGAGACACUAGACGAGAAAGAAAAACACCAACUAUGGUCAACCCGACUACCGUUGGAUCGGAUUCAUGCGAUAUGCGCGGAUCUCAAUAUACCCAGUAGCCAGAUUACAACCGAGCUGUUACAGCAAUAUGAACCCAUGACACUUGUUGCUAUCCUUCGGUUAUAUCUUUUAGAAUUGCCCGAAUGCUUGAUGACGUUUGAGUUUUAUGACGCCGUGCAAGCAUUGUAUGCCACUACUAGUGACGUUGAACAGGAAGAUGAGGAUACCACUUUACGGCUACCGUCCUUGAGUAACUUGAUCGCAACUUUGCCGGGAACUCACUUUGCCACAUUAAGAUUACUGUCAUCCCAUAUCCACAAAGCUGUGCAACAAGACGAUAUCCAGCUGGUCAGUCGGUCACUCGGCCCAGUCAUUUUACGCCCUCGGAUCGAGUCUUUGUUAACUAUGACAAGCCCCAUGCCUACACAGUUUGCCCGAGACCUGCUUAGACACCAUGAUGUAGUGUUUAGCGAAGCAACGCUCAAGUCGCAUACCGAGAGCGAAAAGCGACGUCAAGCCCGCCCGCUGAUAGCGACGCACUAUUCUUUACCCGCGACGCGUGGUACUACUACUGUCACUACUACAGGAACAGCCAAUCAUGAUCAUAAAGCCAUUGCUAGCGAUCCCGCUGCAGCAUCAGCAAGUCCGACGAAACAGCGACGCGGCAUCAUGUCCUUUAUGCGUAGCAACAACAACAACAACAACAAUAACAACAACAAUGAGUCUAAUAAUAACAGUAACACCGACAAAUGGAUGGGGGUUUUUCAACGUAACAAUUCCGUGUCAUCGUCAUCCUCGUCAACCCAUAGUUCAUCGGAGCAACAGCGAUCCUCGUUCACUCGUCCAACACCGCUUAUCCCCACGACUGCUAUCACCCAAGGAUCACCGCCAACAUCACCGACAACGACGACUACUACGACUACCUCAUCUGUAACGACCAGAAAUAUCAAGGAAUCGCCACGACCCUCGUCGGUAGCAACCACUGCCACAGUUGAGGAGCAGCCAGCAACAGCAAAUGUGACUACGAAACAAAUAGUGUUUGACGCUACUGAAGAAUCACACAAUGAUGACGGCGAACUAGAUCCGUUCUUUGAUGACGACUAAGCUAGUAGUAAAACAGUAAUUUAAGCUUUUUUUCCUUUUUCUUUUUUACAUAAUCUUUUUUUUUUAAUGUUAUGUGAAGAGAUCUCCAUCGAGUGUCCACACUCUUCCACUUAUGGUUUACAAAGUGGCAAGCUCUAGCUUAUAACGAUGUUUUUGACAAAGAAAAAAACUUUUUUUAAAUUCAGAGUCGGCUUGGAAAGCAAAC